GACUCAAAAUAAGGAAGUCGGCUAUCUGUGGUUUGGCAGGGAAUAUGGAGACUCACAGCUAGUGAGGGGAGUUUUGGGUCUUUCAUAACUUGAUACGUCAACAAAACAACAUUCUCACCUUUUCAUUAAGCAACAUGAUUGACGAGUUUGAGCAUCAGGAGGUCCGGACCAGUGGGGAGCUGUGGACUGAGAUCUGCUCCGGUUUGCCACAAGUGCAAGAGGAGGCAGCUCAAGAAAACAAGCCUCAGUUCACAGACUCCUUCCAGCCAGCGGCACAAGUCGGAGUGCAGAGCAAUGGACAGUCCAACGGGACGUCUGCAGGCUCCUCCAGCGCCAAGUGGGAGCCCAUGGAGGACUCUGAGAUCUAUAUAGCCAGUUUAGAGAACCGUCUGAAGAAGCUGAAGGGCCAGUCCGGUGAUGUGACCUCCAGGGAGAUGCUGCGCUCCUUGUCUCAAGCCAAGAAGGAAUGCUGGGACCGAUUCUUGCACGAUGUCCAGACCUCGGAGCUUUUCCAAGGCAGCGAUAUGGACGAGAGUGCCCUUGAACAUUUCAAGAGGUGGCUAAUCCCUGAGAAGGUGGCCAUCAGUGCGGAGGAGCUGGAAUACCUCCUGAGGCCGUCUCAGAAUAAGGAAGCAGCUGACAGCACCGCCGUCCCCGAGCCAACACUAAAUGGAAAGGAAACAGAGGCAGAGACACAGCAGAGCGAAGAGGAUGACACUCACAGUCCGGAGAAAUGAGGUUAAUUAUAGUAACAAAUAACAAGGAACUUAUUUGGAGUGUUACAAAAUGCUCAUUUCGAGCCACGUUAUGUAAUAUCAGUUGUUUGGCCAAAGCUUUUGUCUGCAGUGGCGAAAGAUGCAAUUACAGCCUGUCAUCAUCCCUCGUAUCCCCGAGCAACUGAGUGUUAACUCCUUUCUCAGUCAGUCGCAUCUGUUCAGUGCUGACUUUUCUCUUUCUUUCUUUCUCUCUGUCUUUCUUUCUGUCGUUAACAGUGUCACUGUGUACAUUUUCAGCAUAAUACAGAAUUUACAACUUGACAUGUUUGCUCUGUAAUAUCAAAAUUAGUGCCUGUGCUGUCUAGUAGCUCCUGCGCUGUGUGUAACGUUGUGACUAGUUCUCCGCCUUGUACACAUCUUCUGUUUUUAAUGAAGGACCAUAUACAGUAUCAUGUUGUAAAAUAUAGACUUAGAGCCAUAAUCAAUGCAUUAUUCAACACAAACACUGUAUUGUUGCCCCGCUGGGACGAGGGCCUCUAACGUCAAUGUGUCGAUCAGUCAGCAGUUCGGUCCAGAGGGGCGCAUCUCCAAACCAAUUGGGUGGAUCGCCAUAAGAUUUUGUGACAACAUACAUGUUUGCUAGAGGAUGAAUCCUGGGAUUUGGAUGACCUCAUGACCUUCCCUCUAGCGCCACCAGCAGGUCCAGCGGGGCAUCUGUGUUAGAAAUAAUGUGCUUGUACUUUUUUUUAUGGUGGUAUUUAGAAUGGAAAUGAUAUUGAUAUAUUACUGAAAAUAAUGUAAUAUAUUAUGUGAUAUUCUUAUUUUUGACAUGUUUAUUUUACACAUGACAUUUUACCCGUUGCUCAAUAAAAUAGAUCUUUGAUUCA